AUGAUAGCUCCAAAAUACAUUGAACAAAAUAUAAUUAACUCAGUUUGUUAAUAUGAAAGAUUCAAAUCACAUAGAGAAAGAGUAUAAAUGAUAGCUAGUGACAGAAGUUCAUCUAAAAAGGUACAUUUUUACAAUAUUAGUAAUUUCAUAUGGAUUCAAAUAAACUAUAGAAAAUUAAAACGAAUCAGUAUAACAGUAAAGCAUCUAUUCAAUAGAUGAGAGAUAAAAUUUUGUAUUAAGAAAAUAGCAAAAUAUUGGAUAGAAUUAUUAAAAUUAAACCAUCUACAAGAUAACAUUCUGCUAGUUCAAUUAGAUCUUUGAAUUUACCAAAAAGGAAAAAAGAAGCUAUGAAAAUCGUUGAUGAAAACUAGAAGCUAAUGAAGAGAUUGUAAUCCACUCAAGGAACAUUCAAGAACAAAGAUACUUUAAUGCGUGAUUUUAGGAGGUACCCAAGAAAAUGAUUAAGAGAACUCAAGAACUUAAGUUUCGUAUAUCCAGAACAGACAACAAACAGAGAAUUUCGAAGAUUGUAUAAAGUCUCUCACAAAAAAAGACUAAAACUAAUGGCCUUACUUAGCUAACUUAAUUAUAGAGAUUGCGUAUUGAACCAUAAAGAAAGACGAUGCCAAAAUUAUAAUAA